CGUUCGCCGGCGACUCUGCUCCGCUUAGGUUUCAGUUUCUCUCCGGCGAGCUCCCGCCCGCCGACGCCGGCGUGCCUUGUCGAGGAAGCUGAAAGCUAAUCCGAGCCCGCGGAGCUACCACUACCUCCUUCCUCCGCGCACCGCGAUCGGGAGUCCGGAUCGAAAGUGCUAUUCCAUGUUCCAAAACCUUCUUGAACUUGUCAAAGUCAAACUCCAUGGAGAUUCAAUUCUGUAGUCUGGGUGGUUUUUCAAGAAGCUCCUUGCUUGAGGAGCUUCACCUUGUUCCCAGCAUUCUUCCAGGGUUUUUUUCCCCUCUCGGUAUUGGUGCGGCAUUCAAUUUUAGAUGUAAAAGUGAGAAGAUUGUGGUCAGAUGAGCUAAAUUACGAUGGAAGAGGGCUGAUGAUUCGACAUUGGAAGAAAUGUUACUCGGUAGAUAUUUGUCCUCAGUGGAAAGUUUCUGCAAAGUUGCAGAUUGAGGUUGGCGUGUCCAUUGAUCGUGUUCAGUGUAAUUGGAUUUGGCCCCAGCCUCCCAGGUUCCUGAGAGGAAUGGAGUACUAAAACAGUGCAUUUAUUAUUCGUUGAAGUGGGAGGCUCCGGAAAUCGUCCUUGCUGCGUAUAUAUUGUACCUGGCAACCUUCUUGAAGAUACAAGAUCCGGGGAAAAUAUAUAUAAUGGGGAAACUGACUGUAGAGCAUUCUGAAGAUCAGAAAUUUGAGUCAAAGAGCUUAGAGACCUUGGAGACCAUCAUAUGUGAAGAUAAGAAUAGUGAGAAAGCUGAUAAAUGCACGCCACAAUUAGACAGCAAAUGCAUGCCCAGUGUUUUUCCAGAAGAUGUUGGAAAAGUGAACGAUCUCCUAGAGAAGGGAUGCUCACUGUUUGGAUGUUCACAUUAUCGGCGAAGAUGCCGCAUCAGAGCUCCGUGCUGUAAUGAAAUCUAUGAUUGCCGUCAUUGUCAUAACGAGGCAAAAGAUAGUAUCGAUGUGGAUCAGAAAGAUAGACAUGACAUGCCACGCCAUGAAGUCAGUCAGGUGAUAUGUUCCCUUUGUGGCACUGAACAACAGGUCCAGCAGUUCUGUAUAAAUUGUGGUGUGUGCAUGGGGAAAUACUUCUGUGCGACGUGCAAGUUGUUUGACGAUGAUACAUCCAAAAAGCAAUACCACUGCAGUGGAUGUGGAAUAUGCAGAACUGGGGGCAGCGAAAAUUUUUUCCACUGCUACAAAUGUGGUUGCUGUUACUCUAUUUUGCUCAAGAACAGCCACCCCUGUAUUGAAGGAGCAAUGCAUCAUGAUUGCCCUGUCUGUUUUGAGUAUUUAUUCGACUCAAGGAACGAUGUGACUGUUAUGCCAUGUGGACACACGAUUCACCAGAACUGCUUAAAGGAGAUGAGAGAUCAUUUUCAAUAUGCUUGCCCCCUUUGUUCGAAGUCCGCCUAUGAUAUGUCAAAGCUCUGGGAGAAAUACGAUCUGGAGAUUGCUGGAACACCGAUGCCAGAGGCUUACCAGAAUAAAAUGGUGUGGAUUCUUUGCAACGACUGUGGGAAAACCGCUCAGGUGCAAUUCCAUGUAGUGGGUCAGAAGUGCUUGAACUGCAAGUCCUACAAUACUCGCCAGACGAGGGGCUGAGCUUUGCUCCUAAGGAGUGUCCCCGGACAACUUUGAUGGAUUUGAAGCCACAGCGCAUCCCCAAAGUGGCAUCCCAACAUUGACUCGAUGCAUCAUGGCUUUCUCCAGUUCCGAUGUGUACGCGAAAGGAGUUGGCGGUUCCCAUUCUUUCCUCAAUAUCUGUACGCGAAAGGAGUUGGAAAUUCAUGGUGAUUGCAUUGAGCGAGCAGCACUUACGCUGCGAUUUGUACGUCUUCAAGAUGUCUAUUUAAUCUUUCAGUCGUAGCUAGAGGCUCUCCUUUUCUUUUCUUUUCCGUCAGUAGAGGUGAUCCUGUUUCGAUGCUGUGCAUUUGAAAAGGGUUUCCCCAGAAAUAAUUCUUAUAUGGAUCGAUUCGUCGAUGUCAACUAUUCUUUCAAUGGUCAUUCAAAAAUUCCAGUUGCGUGUCCCGCUACUUUAA